CAUAGGCCUCGUGCGUGAUUGAGCAUCCGCCAUUUUAUUUGGCGAUAUUGUUCCUGGUCAGGAAAAUCAGCGUUAUUUAAAAAGGUUCACUAAACUGAAACGAGCAUGUCGUUUCCUCCAAGACCUCCCCUGGGUAUGCCACCAAUGGCUCCUGGCAUGGGGUACGCUUUUGCAACUCCUAUGGGAAUGAUGCCUAUGAGUAUGGGUGUAAUGCAGCCAACAACAGUUAUGAGACCCUUAGUGACUUCACAAGCAAACUUAACUCCUCAGUCACUGAAACCACCAAAGAAACAGCUGGUGCCACAGGAGAUACCAAAAGAUGAUGAUGAAGAGAAGCCUCCAGUUACCACAGUAUUUGUUGGUAACAUCAGUGAUAGAGCUCCAGAUGCCAUGGUGAGGCAGAUGCUACAGAGAUGUGGUAACGUCCUCAGUUGGAAACGGGUUCAGGGUGCAUCUGGGAAAUUGCAAGCAUUUGGAUUUUGCGAGUAUGAAAACCCUGAAGCAACUUUACGGUGCAUGAGGCUCCUUAAUGAAUGGGAAAUAACUGAUAGAAAGCUUGUGGUGAAAGUAGAUGCCAAAACAAAAACUUUAUUAGACGAAUACAGAACCAAGAAGAAGGCAAAGCUGACUGCAAUCAAGGAAAAGACCGCAACUAAAGAGAAAACUGAGACAACUGAAAAUGGAGAUGAUGAUAAGGAAGAUGGAGAUAAAGAAAAAGAGGAAAAAGACAAAUCAUCUGAGAAUGGUGAUGAUAAGGAAGAUGAUUUGGAUGAAUUUUCAAAAAGAGAAGACAGAGUGGCAAAAGCCGGCCUUGAUGCCAUCAUGAGAGAAUACGCCUCUGAUCUCAGUAAACCUGUACCUUCAGGUAGGAAGGAUUCAAAAGUAUCUUUGACAGACAUGGAAAAGGAACAGAAGACAGUUCAAAAGAAGAAGGAAGACAAAGAAAUAAAAGAUACUGGAAUUGAUGAUAUAGACAUGGAGGAGGACAAACGAGAAAUCAUCAACAGAGAAAUUAGAAGUUUUCGAGAUCUCCACAAGGGGGAAGAUGAACCAGAAAAAGAUCAGGAAAAAGAAAGGGAGCGAGAGCGAAGGAUUCUGGAGGAAAAGAGAAGAAGGGAACGAGAGAGAGCCCGUGAACGAGAAAGAGAAAGGGAAAGGGAACGAGAAAGAGAACGGGAACGAGAACGGGAAAUGGAACGAUAUGAACGAGAACGAUAUGAAAGAUUACGGAGCCGGUCUCGUUCACCCUCUAGUCGCAGAAGGAGGUCUCCUAGUAGAGACAGAUCAAGAGAAAGAAAAUUGCGAGAUAGAGAUCGGGAUAGAGAUGUAGAGGAGGAGGAAGAAGCACAUGAAAGAAGGAAAUUAGAAAAGAAACUCAGAGAAAAAGAAGCAGCUUACCAAGAGAGACUGAAAAAUUGGGAAGCAAGAGAAAGAAAAAAAUCCAGAGAAUAUGAAAAAGACAGAGAACGGGAAGAAGAACGCAAAACUGAAGAGAUGCGUGAAGCUCGACGACUGAAAGAAUUUUUAGAGGAUUAUGAUGAUGAAAGGGACGAUCCUAAAUUUUACAAAGGCAGUAUGUUGGUAAGAAGAAUGAAAGAACGAGAAAAGGAGCGAGAAGCAGAUGCAAGGGAUCGGCAACGUGAGAAGGAGGAGCUGGAAGAGAUUCGCAGAAAACUGAUGGACGAGGGUCACCCAGACCCAGAGGCAGAGCUAGCCAAGAUUGAGCGGGAGAGAGAGGAACACCUUAAGCCACGCCUCCAGCUGUUGCCACCACCAGUCCCAAAGUCCCCUGAAGCUCCACCUCCACGGGAAGAGGUGCGGGAGGAGGUAGAAGAAAUUGAGGAUGAAUAUGAACAGGAAGAUGAGGACUCCAGAGGAGCUAAACUACCACCCAAAAUGCAGUCAACACUGCGACCUGUAGACAAUGAUGCCAGCUCUUUAUCAGAUGAGGAUGAUGACAGUAACCUACCAUUUGAGAACACAUCACCUCAGCCUGUUUACGGUCCAGCUAAGGAGGAAAAUACAAAGAUGGGCUUCAGUUCUAUCAAAUUAGGUGCUACGAGCCCUGUGGAAGGUGUGCCACCCAAGAGGAAGAAGCUCACAGUGGGAGAUGUGUUCAAUCAAGAUGAUGAUGAAGGGUCAGACGGGGCAAAGAAACGCAAAUUGGUUCCACUUGAUUAUGAUGAUGACAAAUCAGAAAAGAAACCCACUACAGCUGAAGAGAAACGUUCAAGAAUCAAACACCUUAUUGAAAAUAUACCAACUGCUAAAGAUGAACUAUUUGCUUAUCCAUUGGACUGGAAUAUUGUUGAUCAGAGUCUCAUGGACAAGAGAAUCAAACCCUGGGUAAACAAGAAGAUAAUAGAAUAUAUUGGAGAGGAAGAGCCCACUCUUACCGAUUUUAUAUGUCAGAAAGUUGUGGCAAGGAGUGUACCACAGAAUAUACUCAAUGAUGUUGCAAUGGUCCUAGAUGAAGAAGCAGAAGUGUUUGUUGUGAAAAUGUGGAGACUUUUGGUAUACGAGACUGAAGCUAAAAAGCUGGGGCUAGUCAAGUGAUAACAUAUUCACACAAUUAUGUAAAUCACUCCUGUACCAUUAGCCGUUUUAGGCUGCUGAGUGCUCAACAUGUGUCAAAAGUACCUGGACAAGAGGACAUGGAAUCGUCCAAUAUUAUUUUUAGUGGAUAAUGAAUGUGUAAGGACAAGCGGUCGACAUAUGGACAGUUACUCAACUGGGUAUUUUACCUUUGAGUAUUUAUGCUCUUACCAAUUCAUAGAAAUAAGCAAGGAUGCAUGAGAUUUAAAGGAAACCAAAGGAAAUUUAUCCAGAAAGGUGAAGUAAUAUGAAUUUUCGCUGUGCCAUAAAAUGGCUUUUGGGUAGUUUUUAUGUUUCCAAAAUAAGAUUUCUUGUAAAUGGAAUAUUUUUUGUAUUUUUUUUUCUAUUGAGAAUUAUUGUCAGAACUUGACACAUCCUGGGUACUAAUUUAUGUUAAAUGUUUUCCUUGAUAUUUUAAAUUUGAUUUUCUGUGAUAGAGAUGUGAGCUCGCUUAGGAUUAUUUUCAACCUGAUUGUUCUAAUGAUCACAAUAUUUCUUAUACAAUUGCAACUUGAUGUUAGUAUUUCCUUUGUUUUGUUAUUUUUUCCUUUGUUUGAUGGUCAAGAAGGAAAAGAUUAUGAUGUGUGCAAGCACUGUUUAACGUUCAGUUUAUAUUUAUCACCCUCCCCCUUUUCACUUUUUCUUUACACACUUGAAAUUGUUUCGUCUAUCAACUAGUCUUCUCAGGAAGAUUCGAUUUAUUGUCAGUAAGAUUACAGUGUUGACAUGAGAUGUUGACCUAAAACCCAUCAGAUUUAUUGAAAUGAUUGUAUUUUAGUUCCAUUUUUGUCCUGUUUUGAUCAUGUCCAAUGCAUAGUUAAUAUGUUGCCCUUAAUUUCAUUAAAUGUAUGAAUAUGGAAAUUUCUUCUCACACAAUUUUGCUGUAGGUACUGUAACAAGGAUUUGACUGGAGAGCAUUUUUCCCUUGGUCUUCAAAUGCUACUGAGUGUGAUAUCAGUUUUGUCUGCAGUUAGUGUAGUCCAUGUUGUAAUUUGUAAUAAUGUUUGAAUGAAAGUUUAUAUCAAAGAUGAGGCCAGUCUUCAGGGAAGAUGUUGAUACUGAAUGUAAAUAGGAUGUUAUCAAGAGUUACACUACCUACAGCUAUUAUGAAGGCAGCUUAGGGAUCAACAUUAUUCAUCACUAUUGUAAGACAUGAUCAUGAUACAGCAAUUAUCUGUUCAGGUUUGCUUUGCCUCUUUGGAGGUAAAGAUUCAUUAUUGUUAGAUGUAUGUUAGCGUAAUGACUGGUAUGCAAGAGUGCAAGAUUGAAGAAGGGAAGGAAACCAGGUGUAGUGAAAGUCGAAUGUUUGUAACAAGCUUAGAUUUUAUUUGCUGAAUGGAUACAUGAUAAGUGUAACUUAUUCCUGGUUUGUUACAAAAAAUACCUGUGGAAGAUAAAUGAUCGGUGUCAGGUGUGUGGUUGCUGUUAUGUUUUAUAAGGUAGAAGUUAGAUGUUUAAGAGAGAGUGAGGAUAAUGAUAGGACAAGUCUGAAUAAAACUGUUGACAGUAAG